CCGACACGCGGCUGUAAACAGUAUGACGUCAUAUGUGUGUGACGCUGAGUUGCCGGCGAAUGGAGGGAUGAAGGUGAAAUAGAAAAUAAAACACAGAUGUUUUCUUCUUCUUAAACCGGGAACAGAUCACCUGAUAUCUGACGUCACAAAGGACUUUGGCGGGGGUCACCAUGUUGAGUAUUGGGGGGUUGGUGAGGUCUCGCCUCCUGCAGCUUCCUGUUCGAGGAGUCUGUUCUGCUGUGAUCCACAGGAAGUCACCUGCACCUGGUCUCACCUGGUCUACACCUGCCUCUGCUGGACUCCUCCCACCUGUCAGGACUGCGUCAGGUGUCAGUGGUGGCGAUGUACCAGCUGAUUCAGGAGGUUUUGUUACCGGUUCGUCUGGCUGGUACAGCGGACUGGCGGACUCCGCUCCGGUUCACCUGUGUGAGCAUUUCCUGGUGAGCGUGCAGCAGGUGUGCGGGUUGCCGUGGUGGCUGAGUAUCAUCGCGGUGACAUUGUCAGUCAGGACGCUCAUCACUCUGCCGCUUGCCGCCUACCAGCUGGUCAUCAUCUCCAAGGUGGAGGCGCUGCAGGUGGAGAUCUCUGAGCUGGCGAAGAGGCUUGGAUACGAAGUUUCAGUCCGAGCGAGAGAGAGAGGCUGGACGGACAAACAGAGCCGGAUGUUCUCUGAUGUUUUAUGGUUCCAGUUCCAGAAGAACCUGCGUCGCCUCGUGUCUCAGCUCUACAUCAGAGACAACUGUCACCCCUUCAAAGCCAGUCUGCUGGUCUGGGUUCAGCUGCCCCUGUGGAUCAGCCUCUCUCUGGCCCUCCGGAACCUGAGCCUGGAUCAGUCUGCGCUGCAGUGUGGACUCUCAGCAGGGGGCGCUCUGUGGUUCCCUGACCUCAGCUCACCUGACUCAACUUGGAUCCUGCCGGUCUGUCUGGGACUCACCAACCUGCUCAUCGUAGAGGUGUUUUCUCUCCAGAGACUCCGUCCCACUCGCUUCCAGAAGCUGCUGUUGAACUGCAUCAGAGGGUUCUCCGUCCUGAUGAUCCCCAUCGCAGCUACUGUCCCGUCUUCCAUGGCUCUGUACUGGUUCACCUCCAGUCUGUUGGGAUUCAGUCACAACCUCGUCCUUCGUUCUCCUACGAUCCUCAAACUCCUCAAACUCCCUCCUCACUCUGACUCUCCGUACAGAGACCUGCUGUCUGCACUCGUCUCCAAAUACUCCAGACGAAUACCCUGAGUACCUGAGUACUAGUACUCUUACUGCUCCGACCAAUGAGAAGAGACCGUGAUGUAAAUAAAUAAAACUUCAAAUGUGAUUCAAAA